UUUCUCGUCAACUACUAUGUUGAAACCCACCGCGUUUAAUUACUUUAUACACAAAUUAAACUAAACACACACACACUGCUACUACUAUCCUAUGAAGAAUUCGAAGCAGCUUGCUAACAUGUCUGGGGAUGAAGGUGGUGAUGCUGCUGAUGCACCUAAUAAUAAUAAUAAUCAUAAUCACACUUCAUCUAAUAAUUGUGAUGAUGAUAGCAACAAUAACAAGAAGGUGUACAAAGGGGUGAGGAAGAGAAAGUGGGGGAAAUGGGUAUCUGAAAUUAGGCUUCCAAAUAGCCGCGAACGCAUUUGGCUUGGCUCUUAUGAUUCUCCUGAAAAAGCUGCGCGUGCAUUCGAUGCUGCUCUUUAUUGUCUCCGAGGUUGUCGAGCCAAUUUCAAUUUCCCCGACACUCCUUUCAACUUGAGCACCAGCGCCGCCGUUCAUCAUCAUUCGCUUACUCAUCAAGAAAUUCAAGAGAUUGCUGCUAGCUUUGCCCAUUCUCAGGACCCACAUCAUGAUCACCAACAAGAACAACCAAAUAGCAAUAACAAUGAUUCUUCAUCAGUUGGAUUGUUAGAAUCCAAAGCUGAUGCUGCUGUUGUAUCUCAAGAGGAAGUGGACAACAACAUGAUGAUGGAUUGGACAUUUUUGAAGGAUUUGGGUGGUUCUUGUUCUGCUGAUUGUGGGGGUGCUCUCUAUUCUGAUGAGUUGGACAGAAUUGAUCAUCACUACUCGGGUGAUGAAUUGUUGUUCUCGGUACCAACUUUUCAGGAUAAUGUGGCUGAUGAUGACCCUUUUUUUAACCAAUCAUUCCUUUGGAAUUGGAGCUUUUAAUUCCUUUAUUGUUCCAGUAAAAAAUAUUAGACAAUAUUAUAAUUUAUUA